UUGUCUCCCUUGACGUAUAUUGCGUUUCAAGUAGCGAAUUACAAAAUGGCGGCCGUACGAAGAGCUAAAAUGUUCCAGUGUCCCGCCGUAAUUUGUUAUUCUUUCCGUGAACUAACCGUCUGAAUUCGAUCUACAUUUGUAGAAUGGAAGAGGAAAACCAGUUCCCAACUCCCGGUGAUUAUCAACUGUCAGAGGAGGAGGAGGGUGAGGAGGAAGAAGCUGAAGAAGCAGAUGAUGAUGAUGACGAUGAUUAUGACUCCUCGAAAGCAUUCGACUUUGAAGCACAGCUUGAUGAAUUCCGCAUGAAAUGGCAGCAAGAGCUUUUGGGUAGCCAAGAUGCAGCUGAGUCGAGUGAAGUAGCCGUCCCUUGCACUAGCAGCAGUGGUAAUAAUAAUAAUGGUGUCCAAGCUACUGUGAGUCAUCUGUCCAAUGAGGAUCAAUUAGAGGCUAUCAAAAAUAAAGCUAAAUGGUUCUAUUUGGAAGGUAUUAAAGCAGAACAAAAUGGAAAUUUGUACAAUGCUGUGACUUUCUACAGACAAGCUGUACAAUUGGUCCCAGAUAUUGAGUACCAUGUGAAUUAUAACCCUGGAGUAAAAAGCAGAGAAAGACAAGUUAGUGAAACUUCAAUUGGCAGCAAUGCAUCUGUUGAGGAUGUGGAAGAAGGAAACUUGUUGGCUUUGCUGAGUCGUUUGCAAGCAUCCGAGAAUGUCAUUUGCUCACCUGCUUCUGAACAAAGAGCGACCCAUAUUUCUUCUUUGCCUGUAGAAGUGGUCAUGUAUAUUUUCAAGUGGGUUGUAUCAACCGAUCUUGACACCAGGUCCCUAGAGCAGUUGUCACAGGUGUGCCGUGGUUUCUAUGUAUGCGCACGGGAUGAAGAGCUUUGGAAACUAGUUUGCACCAGGAUGUUUAAUGGUGUCAAUUGCAAAAACUGUAAGAAGUAUGGCUCCUGGAGGCAGAUGUUCUAUCAAAGACCUCACCUUCGAUAUAAUGGCUGUUACAUCAGCAAAUGUUCUUACAUUCGUCAAGGUGAAAAGGGUCUGGAUUACUUCUACAAACCAUGGAACUUAGUGGAAUAUUGCCGCUUUGUUCGAUUCUUUCUAAAUGGGGAUAUUGUGAUGAUGUCCAGUCCUGAAGAACCAGCUGUCUGUAUCACAAAGCUGAAUACAAAGUUCAAGAGUGCCAGCAUGCUUUGUGGUUACUACAGGAUCUCCGGAAGCACUAUUACUGCCUAUUUAACCCGUGCCAAGCCGAAUGAGUACUCGAACCAGUACAGUCGACGUAAUAAGCGUAACAGGCCAAACGAGAAUGAUGACCCUGAGCACACAUUUAAUGUGGAGUUUGGGUUACAGUCAGCUGGGCGGCGUAAAUUUGCAAAACUGAUAUGGCGCCAUUAUUCUUUGCAUACAUUCUACAAAUCCAGUAAUAGAGAAACAGUUACAGAUUUUGACCUUAAUGAGCAGAAUUACCCUCCGCUGUAUUUCUCACGAGUGAAAAGCUACAGCACCUAUGCCGUGAAACCUCUCCAAUGAGGGAUAUAUUGUUUGCUCAUUUGCCCUUUGAAGGUUCUGUGCAAAGCUGGUGGCAUUGGACUCUCAAUGAUUUCAUUUGUAGAACUGCUUUUUUUUUGCUUUUUUUUACUUUUUUGUAUUUUAAAAUAUUUAUUUAUAUUAUCUCUUUUAAUUAUUUUUGUUUUUGUUUUUGCUAAUAUUUCAUUGGAAACCAUCUGUAAUUAGGUUGGCUUUGUACUAAUAUUUUGUUAAGUAUUUUUUCUAACUUCUUUAAAAACAUUAAUUUUUCUGCUUUUUAACUUUGAUCUCAAUAUCCAUUGAACCCAUUCAAUGUAGCAAAUCUUUCAGUCCUAACCCCAUUUCGUUUGCUCUUCCUUUAGCGGAGAGAUUACUUUCGAGUUAGUUGCGAUUUUUCUUGUUUCAUUUCUGUGUUUGAUUCUCUUUUUUUUUUCAUAUAUUUUUUUUUCUAUACUUUUGUUUUUUUUUUUUAUCUUAAUUUUUAUCAGUAAAUUGAUUAAUUAUAUUUUGGGGGUCAUUUCCUUUUGAAAUUUUAGUGUGAACUGAUGAAACUGAAAUAAAAGAAUUUAAACGUCCUAAAAUGUAAUGACCUUUCUGAAAACUUAUUAUCUCAGGAUUUAUUAGUUGAGAUCUUAUUCUAAAAUGCUUUACUAUGUUAAUUUAGUAGAGCUAAUUCAUUAUUAUUAUUAUUGUUAUUAAUUGCUUUGUCAUAAUCUCGUUGCAAAAGGCGUGAAUGUCUCAAUUUUCCUUGAAACAAUUGUACCUUAAACAUCUGAAGCUUUAUGCCUAAGUAAAUAAAAACCCUCCUCAUCAUCA